UUUUUUUUCUACCCGCAAAAAUUAAGUGAAUUUUUUUUAAAUAAAUAUCUAAUGUAUAUAUGAAAUUAUGUUCAAAAGUGUUUUGUUGCCUUGAAUGUCGUGUUAAACAUGAGUUAGAUAUACAUUCUGUUACUGAUAAAAUGGAUAUAUAUAUGCUUCCGAAAUUAGAAAGCCUCUUAACUUCUUCAAAUUUAAGUAAAGUGCAAUCUGCAUCACAUAUAAUAAAACACUUUCCAAAUCGAUGUCUAAAGUGCCUGAUGAUAUUCUUAUUUGGUGCUGAGAAUCAAAAAACGUGUUUGUGUAAGCUUAAAAUGAACGAUAAUGCAAAAAAUCCAGAUGUUAACAAAACUCCAUUAGUAUUUAACGAAGAGAGUUACAAAAUACCAAAAGCAGAUAUGGAAAGAAGCAAUUUAAACAAGCAUAAUUUGGAAACUAAAAACGCUUUUAAAAAUAGCACUAAAUCGAAAAGUUUUGAUUUCAAAAAAGAUAUCGCCUACAAAAUGAAUGAUACGUUUGAAGGAAAUAUUAAGGUUUUUCGAACAACUUCUACACCAAUGCAAAAGUUCUUGUGGUUUCCUGGCAAUAAUGCAUCUCAUUCUCUAUCUGGAGGAUACCAUUCUGAAAUUAUAUCAGACAUUUCUUCUAAUUCAAAAUCUGCAACUAACUUAACCAAAGCAGUUUUGAAAGAAAAUAUUUCUCAGUUUUCUAAAAAAGGGGACAAUUUAUCUAGUGCGACAAAGAAAAUAAUUGAAACUCGAGAUUAUAAAAACUCUCCUCUUGAUUUGAGAACGUCGGCAGUUUUAUUGAGAAAUCAUAGUUCUCCUUCCAUAAAGGUUUGUGAUAAGCAAUUUUCGUCAGGAAACUGUGAACUUACAAAGUACUAUUCAUUUUCAACGGGAAGAAUGAUGGAAUCUUUGUGUAUUAAAUCAGCAUUAUUAAAAAAUACAUCUUUAUCUCUGCAGCUUGAACAAGAAUUUGAUGUUUACGGUUCUUUUAGAAGUAUGGAAGUAAUACGUUCGGAAGCAAUCAAUUCUCAUAAAAUUGGUGUAAAAACAAAAUGUAAUUUUUUUCAAAAACAACAGACUCCUUCUAAUAACACCAUACAAAUUACACCUAAAUGUAGAAAAGGAUUAGAAAAAAAAGUAAUUGAUUUUAAAAUGCAAAGUCAAUACAAUGAAUUAGAAGAAAACGAAAUAUUUUAUACUCCAAGUUCCAGUUUUCAUAAACAGAUUUCUCCAAAGAAUAAGAAUUUAAAAGACAAAAUAAUGAAUCGUUCAGAAUUGGCAAGCAAUAAUAAAGAAAAUUUUCGAGGUAAAAUAUGGGAUGUGUUUUCUUCACUGAUUCGUUUCCCUUCUUUUCAUAAAGAAAAUUGUCCAAAAAAUGUCCAAGGAUCUGAUAUUGUUCUGGAUGAUAAAUUUACUUGUUUUGAAAGUGCAAAUAUUGAUAUUUUACCUAAAAGGAAAAGAGAUUCUUAUGAAGAUUCAGUCACCAAUAACCACGUAAAACGUAUGAAAUUGAUCUCGGGUCGCAAGCCCUUGGACAGUUAUAAAAAAAGAGUAGAUACUUCGUCAAUUAUUGAAACUUAAAGAAUAAAAAGAUUCGUGCCUAAAAACAAUUUUUUUGAUUAUUAAUAACUACGAUAUU